CUAUGGAGAUAAAGGCUCUCGUGAUGUGUUUGGCUGCUGCACUCUUGCCAGUAUGUCAUGGUUGUUCCACAGGAAAAGAGUUUAUCACAACAUUUCUUCCUGACUACCGGAAAUCAUUUAAAGAUAAGCAGAGUCUCCACGUGGUCCUGACGGCUCAGGGUUCUGAUGCCAAUGUUCACAUCAAGGUGGCUUCACUGGGUUUCUCCAAGCAGCUCACGCUCUCUGCAGGCAAAAGCCAGUGGGUUCCUCUGCCACCUCAAGCCGAGCUGCAGCAGCAGUUUGUUAAUGCAAAUUCUGCUGUUCGAAUCUCAUCGAGCGCUGAAAUCUCUGUAGUGUCUUUCAACCAACGCUACCGCACAGGAGACGGCACAGUGGUUUCGCCAAAUGAAGAGCUGGGUACUCACUUCAUGGUGUUCACACCAAAGGGACGCUUCUUUACUAUGGACGCGCUACUGGCUAUUGUUAAUGGUGAUAGCCGCAACCGCAUCGACAUCAUACCUGGUGGCGCUAAGGUGAAGGUAAACGAUGGACUUAAGUGGAGUCAUGGAAAGGUAUUGACCGUUACCCUGGAACCCUUCACAUCCUUCCUUGUACGUGGUCAGGGAAGUUUUACCGGCACACAGAUUCGAUCCCAGCGGCCGGUAGCUGUCUUAGCAGGCCACCAAUGUCUGCUAUUGACAUCAUGGUGUGAACUUGUGUAUGAACAGCUCCCUCCAGUGGCAAGCCUGGGUAAAGAAUACUUGCUACCCUGGAUUGACAAGGCCUGGGCAGCGAUAGUAUCUACUGAAGACGACACCGAGGUGACACUGCACAGGGGCAGUCGCUCAACCAAACAGAUGCUGAGGAAAGCCGGGAUUGUCACCUUUCAGAAAUUAUUCACCAAACGUCCACUGGUCGUCGAGAGCAACAAGAACGUCAUGGUUCUGCUUCUCGGCACUGGUUACAAACUCAACCCCUUCAUGAUCACGCUGACCCCUACACACAAGCUUGCCACUGAUUGGGCAGUGGAGAUAGUUGGCGGGUUUGAAAGUACCAUAGCUAUUGUGUCAGAGAGGGAGGGGGCGGGCAGUGUGAAGUGGUGUACGGGGGGAAAGUGUAUCUCGCCUACGUGGCAGAGGGACAGGCAUCAGAAGCGCUGGGUGUGGGCGAAUGUAAACGUGGGGACACUGCAGAGGCACGUGACAGUGGAAGGUGACGCCCAGAUGGCAGUCUACGUCUACGGCAGGAAAAAUCGCCACGCGUAUGGAACAGCUGUAAUCUGUUCUGAAGAUGCCCCUCUGCCUCCUCCGCCCGCGGAUCCCUGUGAAGACAUGAAAUGCUCAGCACACGAACAUUGUGUAAAAGGAGCAUGCGUUAGCGUUUCCACAGCAACCUGCAGAGCGGUCGGUGACCCCCACUACUUGACAUUUGAUGGCCAGCGCUAUGACUUCCAGGGCACCUGCACUUACGUUAUGGCAACAGUAGCAAAGAGGGCAUCGGACCUCGUGCCUUUCACUGUGAUGACCAAGAAUGACCACAGAGGCUCCAGUCGAGUUUCGUUUGUCAGGACUGUAACUGUCAGUGCUCACAACCAGACACUUGUCAUUGGCAGACACAAAGGACGAGUACAGGUUAAUGGAGAACUUCAGUAUUUACCUGUCAGCUUGGUGGGCGGCCUGCUCGCUGUAAAGCAGAGUGGAAGCUAUGCUGUUGUCAGCACUGACUCUGGCCUCACUGUAAAAUACGAUUGGAACAUGAGGCUGUACAUCACUGUGCCAUUCUCCUACCACGAACAUCUGGGCGGCCUCUGUGGAAACUACAACGGAGACAAGAAAGAUGACCUGCCUGGAGGCUCCAGCGCCUCUGCUGUGCAGGAGAUGGUCCUGCCGUGGAAGGUGAAAGAUUCUGAUCCGUCCUGUCAGGAUAAAUGUGUUGGUCAGUGUUUCCAGUGUUCACAGAAGAAGCAGGCCCACUUCAGAAAGUCCAAAUUCUGUGGGAUCCUGACAAAGACAGAUGGGCCAUUUUCCUCCUGCCACCAACUCAUUGAACCCACUUUGUACCUGGACAACUGUGUCUACGACAUCUGCGUCAACAAAGGUGCAAAGCAGAUUCUCUGUGAUAACUUGAAGAGUUAUGUCGAUGCAUGUCUGUCUGGAGGAGUCAAAGUCAGCCCUGAGUGGAGAACGGUUACAAAAUGUCCCCUCCCCUGUCCAGAGGGACGUCACUAUGAGUCCUGUGGCUCGGCCUGUCCGGCCUCCUGUGUGUCCCCAGACGAACAGGAGUGUAAAGAGCCCUGUGUGGAGGGAUGCCAGUGUGACAGAGGACUGGUGCUCAGUGGAGACAGUUGCGUUCGUAAGGCCAGAUGUGGAUGUCAAUACCAGGGAAGAUAUUACCCACCAGCCACCUCUUUUUGGGGUGAUAACACCUGCACCACCAGUUGCAAAUGCGUCAAUGGGAAAGCCAAGUGCAAAUCAUCGAGAUGCAGGAAGAACAAGGAGUGUCUCCUGAAGGAUGGUGUCAGGGGCUGCUACCCAACAUCCUUUGCAACAUGCCGAGCCGCUGGAGACCCCCACUACCAAACCUUUGACAAUCGGCGGUUUGAUUUCCAGGGAACUUGUACCUACAUUCUGUCACAACACAAAGAGGAAUCAGAGCAGGACCUGGUCCCGUUCCAGGUCCUGGUCCAGAAUGAGAACCGGGGCAACAACAAGGCCGUGGCUUACACCAAGUCCGUCUCGCUUCUUGUAUUUGGUAACUUGACUGUGAGCAUGAGUCGCUCCAGUCCGGGGAACAUACUGGUGAACAGUCGCACGGUGAAUCUGCCGUACUCCCUGGAAGGUGGGAGGCUCUCCGUGUUCCGACGAGGCUUCUUUGGUGUUGUGACGACCGAUUUCGGUUUGACGCUCAAGUUCAACUGGAAAAGUCACGUCAGCUUGACUUUGCCCAGUUCAUACUCUUCUGCGACAACUGGUUUGUGUGGAAAUUAUAAUGGUAAAGCUGGUGAUGACUUACUGAAACCUGACGGCACCAAGCAUGAACACAUCCGUGCGUUCGGUCACAGCUGGAAGGCAGGAGGAGACGCCGGCUGCACGAGUGACUGUCCAGGUGGGAAAUGUCCUGAGUGCGAGCCGGCGAUGCUCCAACGCUACAACCAGCCGAGCUACUGUGGAAUCAUCGCAAACAAGAGUGGACCAUUCAGACAGUGUCACAGCAAACUGGACCACAAGCCCUUCCUCACAGACUGUGUCUUCGAUAUGUGUAUGUACCAAGGCCACGCCUCCGCCCUGUGCAACAGCCUAUCAGCGUUCAGCACUUCUUGUCAAGAUGCAAGAGCUUCAGUGGAGAGAUGGUCAACCGAACAGUUUUGUCCUCCACCUUGUGGAGCGAACAGUCAUUACGAGCUGUGUGCCCCCCCCUGCCAGCUGACGUGCAGUGGUCUCACCCCCCCUGAGGGCUGUAACCAGAACAGCCCCUGCACAGAAGGAUGUGUGUGUGACGAUGGAUACGUGUGGAGUCAUGAUAAGUGUGUACCUGUGGCAGAGUGUGGCUGUCAAUAUAAAGGACAGUACUUUCAACAUGGACAGCUGUUCUAUCCAGGAGAGUCCUGUAACACUCGCUGCGUCUGUUCAGACGCUGGGGAAAUGGAGUGUGAUUCUAAAUUCCAUUGUUCCGCCCACGAGAAGUGUGUUGUGAAAGACGGUUCCGCCUCCUGUGCUCCCAAAAGUGUUGGUUCCUGUUCUGUGAGUGGAGUCAGAGAAGUCCGUUCUUUUGAUGGACAGGCUUUUCCUCUGUGGGGAAACUGUUGGUUUAAGAUGUCAGAGGUGGAGGAGAAAGACGGAGGGAUAAUGACCUACUCGCUGUUGAUACAGCAGCAAACCACAGAGGACGGUAACAUCUAUCGCAGUGUGGAGCUCCAGGUUUACGGCUAUACUAUCACGAUGGAGUCUGGGGUUGUUUGGCAGGUCAAGGUUGAUGACAUCAGCGUCUUCCUUCCUGUGUCAUUAGCUGACGGGCGCGUGCGAGCUCAUCAAAAUGGCAUCAACAUCGUCAUUGAAACCGACUUCAGUCUGAAGCUCACCUACGACUGCGAGGCAGGUGUGCUCUUGCAAAUCCCGUCCACCUAUCACAGUUCACCACGUGGUUUCUGUGGCAACUACAACGAUGACGUGUCUGAUGAGCUGCCGUCAGGCGGCAAGAGGCUGGAGGACGCGACAGCAGCCUGGGUAGAAACAAAAGACAACACUUCCUGUGAGACCGGCUGUGGUUCCAGUGCCUGUCCCGGUCCAGAUGAACCGAACAACCCAAAAGCCAAAAAGGCCUGUAAGAUCAUCAGAGCCAAGCGAGGUCCAUUCACAGGCUGCCACUCAACAGUGACCCCGACCCCCCACUACGAUGCUUGUGUCAGGGAGAUGUCCAGAGGCAAAGCAGACAUACACAUCCUGUGUCGUCAUGUCCAGAAUUAUGUUACUGCCUGUCAACUCGCUGGCGCCAAGAUAAGUGAAUGGAGGAGAAAAGACUUCUGUCCUGUGACAUGUCCAGCAGGAAGUCACUACGAGCUGUGCUCCUCUUCCUGUUCCUCCACCUGCUUCUCCCUGGAGCAGUCGGGUCCGUGCCCCGUGUGUCAGGAGGGGUGUCGCUGUGACAGAGGCCUCAUGUCUGAUGGAGUCGCCUGUGUUCCUGUGGAGAAGUGUGGUUGUGUCGUGGAUGGACAGUAUUAUACGUCGGGUGCAUCAGUGUUGCUGGACGACUGUUCGGAGAGAUGCGUCUGCCAGGUUGGAAGAUUCAGCUGCAGCGCCACAAGCUGCAACAAGGGGGAGGAGUGUAGCAAUAGGGAUGGAACAAUUGGCUGCUACCCCACAGUGCCAUGUGCUGCCAACAGCCACUAUGAGGAAUGCGGCACCAGCUGUCCAGCCUCCUGUGAACCUCCGCCUCGCGUCUGCCCUAAAAUCUGUCGGAGAGGCUGUUUCUGUGACCAUGGAUUCGUCCGCAGUGGAGACAAAUGUGUCGACAAGGAGACAGGCUGCGGCUGUGACUAUCACGGACACUACCGCCUGCCAGGGGAGGAGUUCUGGGCCGACUCGCAGUGUGAGGAGAAGUGUGUGUGCGACGCAGCGACGCAGAAGGUGCAAUGUGCGAAGUCCAAGUGUCGAUCUGAGGAGAAGUGCGCCGUCGUGAACGGAGUCCAGGGCUGUUUCCCCGACAGCUUUAAAAAGUGCACUUCGCUCGGAGAUCCGCACUAUCGCACCUUCGACGGACAAAUGUUCAACUUCCAGGGCAACUGUGUCUACAAGUUGGCUCGUGUGUGUGGAGACGCCAAAGGUCUGCAGCCAUUUGAGGUCAACGUGGAGAACAACAAUUUUGGCCAAAAAAAGAGGUCGUACGCUAAAGCUGUGACUGUUAAAGUCUACAACAUCACGUUCAAACUUACACGGGACGAUCCGGGCAGAGUACUGGUGAACGGGCAUGAUCACUCCGUACCGUUCUCAUUCAAUCAAACACUGGUCCAAGUUCUUCACAAAUCCAACCUGGUCGUCAUCGAGACGUACUUUCUUAAGGUUUCCUUUGACUUUGCGAACGUCGUGAAGUUGGAGCUGGCCACCACUUAUCAGAGCGCCACCUGUGGUCUCUGCGGGAACUUCAACGGUGACCCCACCGACGACCUGAUGCUGCCCAACGGGAAGACGGCUUCCAGCGCCCGCGAGUUUGGCGAGAGCCAGUGGUUGUCCGAUGUGAACGGCUGCUCUCACGAGUGAUCAUGACGUCGUAUCUGGACAUCACCGGCCGACUCUGACUGACAUCAACCACGUCACGUGUCACGGUGGGGUGGCGACCUGGAACAAUAAACCGGCAGAAAGAUGAAAUUCAUACAUCCAUCAUGGAGAGAUGACGGCAUGCAGCUUCCAAAAGAUACAAUUUUAGGGGGUCAUAUAUCAAGCAAUGCUGCAAGAUAUCAAUUCUAACUACGUCACUUGUCUGAGGUUUGUCUUUUAACCAACGUACAACACGUCUUUAUUACACAAACAACUAAAUGUGGGGGAUCAUAAUAACCUUUUGUAAUAAUCCUUCUUCCUGUUCCGUCCACAUAUCACAUACAGUAUAAACAGUUAAUCUGCAUGCUGCAUUUCAGUCUUUGCUAAUCAAGUAUCACUAAUGAUCAAUAAAAGUGUCUGAGCAACA